AUGUUCUUCGAUAGUGCUCUUGUAUUAUGGUUGAUCAUUGUCAUUACUGUCAAUGAAACACUAGGUGUUUCAUAUAAUCUACCGAAACUUUGUUCAAACGCAACUUGGAAUGGAAACGCUUUAACUUUUGCUAAUAAAACAACAGUUCAUGAAGAGAUGUAUGGCCUGUUUGUGGAUACGAAUAACACAGUUUAUACCUUUGAUUAUAAAACUGUGGAGAUACUAGUAUGGGAAAAUGGUAAUCGCGAGCCAACGAGAAGAGCUAUCGACUCUAACUUGUAUUUAUAUAGCAUCUUUGUGACAGAAAUAGGUAAUAUUUACGUUAGUUAUUCUAAUAAAAAAAAUAAAAAUUAUGCAAUUGGUCAAUUCACCCCAUCUAAUGGUACUCUUACUAAUGUUCUGGACACCGAAGACGCGUGUGGCUGUAUUUUUAUUGAUACUAAUAACAGUUUAUAUUGUUCAAUGUAUGACAGCCAUAAAGUUAUUAAAAAAUGGUUGAAUCUGUCAUCCGGGAAAAUGGAAACUGUGGCCGGUACAGGCGGAGACGGUGAUGGACCAAAGGAACUUAAAAAGCCUUGGGGAAUUUUCGUCGACAUAAAUUUCGAUCUAUAUGUCGCGGAUAGCGAAAACAAUCGCAUUCAGCUGUUCAAAUCUGGAAACUUAAUUGGAAUAACAAAAGUUGGAAAGAAAUCCAAAAAUAAGACAUUUAAUCUUAACUGGCCAACAGGUGUUAUUCUCGAUGCAGAAAAAAAUCUUUUUAUUUCAGAGUGGGAAAACAGUCGUAUAAUCGGUUCCGAUAAAAAUGGUUUUCGCUGUAUUGCUGCAUGCGAUGGAAAAGGUUCUGGAUCCGAACAGCUGAAGGAACCUAGUGCUCUCAGCUUCGAUUCUUAUGGAAAUAUAUAUGUCAUUGACUAUCACAACGAGAGGAUUCAAAAGUUUCUUUUGUCAACCAAUUCUUGCAAUUAUACCACGACGGCUUCAUCUAUGACUACUGCCAUAUCAACAACACGAUCUGAACCGAUUUCAGCCUCCUCACCGGUGCAAUCAACUGGUCUUCAGACCACAGCACAAUCAACGCGAGACAAAACAACAUCACUACUACAAUUGUUUCUAUCAAUUACUAGUGUCAGUAACUUGAUGACACCAUCGACACAUCAUGCGCUUGAAUCGAGCACAGUAGGCGUCUCUACCUUGGUCACCUCUUCACCAACCUCAUCUGAAACACGGCAAACUCCAACAAGCGAUAUUCGAUCAAGUGAAAUAUCAUCGACAUUAUCUCAAACAUCACAAAUGCUAUCGACUGAAAAGAUUAAAUCCAGCGCAGUUCCAUCAUCAACUUCUGGAAUAAAUGCUCCGACAACAUCUGAUGGAAAGCCUACAAGUGUCACACCAAAGGAAACUCACGUUGAUGAACUCGUACUCAUAUUUGAACCAAUUCCAUGUCCCGAUUCAACAAAACUUGGAAAAUAUUGCAAUUCUUCCGCUUCAAUAUGCGACUUGCGAAAGCCUUGUUUAAAUGAUGGAAAUUGUACUAAUACUAAUAAUAAUCAAGAUUACACUUGUUUAUGUCCUGCUGGAUUCACUGGUAAUCAUUGUGAAACCAAAGAUGGACCAUGCAAAGUCAAUACUUGUAUUAACGGCGCAUGCAACGAAACAUCCGACAAAGAAUUUUACUGUACAUGCACACCCGGAUGGGAAGGAUUACAUUGUGAUCGAAAAAUUGAUUAUUGUAAAAAUGUAACAUGCAUGAAUAAUGGCAUUUGUCGUUCUUCACAUCCUAAUUACACAUGUGAUUGUCUUGGCAGCAGCUAUUAUGGUCGACACUGUGAAUUCACGACCACAAAACUUGUUGUCUACAAAAUGAUAUCAAAAUCAUUUGCUUAUAUUGCUAUUAUUGCGAUAGUAUCGGUGAUCUUAUUUGUGGUUAUUAUGGACAUUUUAAAAUAUGUCUUUGGUAUUGAUCCAACCCGCGAAGAAUUGCAACGCAUUCGUCGCGAAAAACGUGCAAAAAGACGUCGACCGGUAGUUCAAAAGUUCGUCUAUGUUAAUCCAACAUCGCUGCCAUCACAAGCAGAAGAUUCAAGCAGCAAUACUCAUGAGGAAACUACUGUUUAA